CAUUUACCAAUUCACUCGACUCGAGUCCAUACAAGUGGCUCGUGCGAGGCGUGCCUGUGGGGCCUUGACUGUUACAUCACUAGUUACUGGGUUACGAUACAGUUGAUACAUCGUUUAACGUUGUAUAGUGAAAAAGUGAUUGAAAUGUGUCAACUGACUGCGUGUGUGUGACCCAAUGUGUGAACUACGCACAAGCUUGACUGCUGGUAAUGAAGAACCAUUGGUUGGUGCUGUGGUCGCUGUGGGCGGCGCGCCUGGUGCGGCAGCCGACGGCGCCGGUCAGGGUGCAGGGCGGCAGGCUGCGCGGCUUCGUGUCCCCCGACGGCUCGCACAGCAGCUACCUGGCGGUGCCGUAUGCUUCUCAUCCGGAGAAACGGUUUCAGGCUCCAGGUCCUGCUCCAUCAUGGCAAGGCGUUUACGAAGCAAUAAAUGAAAACAUCAAAUGUCCACAAAGAAGAGGCGAUAAAAUAGUCGUAGGCCAAGAAGAUUGUCUAGUCCUCAACGUAUUCACCCCUUUGGGUUCUUCAUCAACUAGCUCGUACCCAGUAAUGGUGUUUAUACACGGAGGAGGAUUCUACGAUGGCUCCGGCAGUGCUCUGUUGUAUGGUCCACAAUAUUUAGUCAAUAAGGGAGUUAUACUCGUAUCUAUCAACUACAGACUUAACAUACAAGGUUUCGUGUGUUUACGAAUUAAAGAAGCACCAGGAAAUGCUGGGUUAAAAGACCAAGUGGCUGCAUUGAAAUGGGUGCAAAGAAACAUUAAGGCAUUUGGAGGCGACCCUGAUAAUGUUACUAUAUUUGGAGAGAGUGCCGGCGGAGCAUCUGUAUCCUAUCAUAUUGUCUCUCCUAUGUCUAAAGGGCUAUUCCAUAAAGCUAUAAUACAAAGUGGAUCGUCUUUAGCAUCUUGGGCCAUGCAAUUUAAGCCUCGAUACAUGGCUAGUUUAUUGACAAAAACAAUGCUUUACCCAACCGAAGAUCCACAUGAAAUUUACGACAAAUUGAUAGAUAAAGGUGAUGCAGAGUUGGUAGUAACAAGAGUCCCGAGAAGAGAAGGCAAUUUAAUAAUUUCAGAACUCUUAUAUGUACCGUGCGUGGAAGACGUGAUAGAUGGAGAAGAAGCGUUCUUAACAGAAUUACCAUUUGAUAUCCUUUCAGAAGGCAAAUACAACAAAGUUCCUGUUAUGUUGGGAGUGUGUAAUGAGGAAGGUUUACUAUUUGCCGCAUUGGAAAACGAUACUACAUUAGCUACAAUGUCAGUUGAGAAAUCGCUGCCUAAAAACUUACACAUACCGAAGGAAGAAGAUAGAAAAGAAAUAGGUAAAAGGCUGCAUAAUUUAUAUUUAGGAAAAGAGGCUAUCUCGCAUGAUAAUUUGGCAAAUCUAUCAAGAUUAGAAGGUGAGCUUCACAUCACACAUCCGUCGCUAGAAGAGACUGAAUUAUAUCUUAAGACGAAUGAUAAGCCAGUAUAUAGUUACGUGUUCAGCUAUGACGGAUGGCGCAACAUCCUCAAGCUAACGAUGGCCAGACUCCUGAAGCAUGUCCCCGGCGCCACGCACGCUGACGAACUGUUUUAUAUCUUCAGUCAGAACAUCAUCCCAUCCUUCUUUGAGAAUGAAAUGAUAGAUAGGAUGACGACUAUGUGGACGAACUUCGCUAAACAUGGGGACCCUACCCCAGUAGUGACGGAUUUGUUACCUGUGAAGUGGCACCCCCUGGACAGGUCCAACCCUCAGUCGCUGGUCAUAGACAAGGAGUUCUCCUACAGUCCGCUGUGGAACACUGAAUCGUUGAAGUAUUUGCGACAGGUGUACUCUAAGUACAGGCGGAAAAAAGACUGAAACACUGGUAUAGUCAGUGUGUUUUGAGAAGUCCGUUAUGCUUUAGAUAUUGUGGUAAGAAGUGUAACUAGGUGAGCGAUUUCGCUAUUUAACACUCGUCGACGAACUUUUCUAACUUUUGAAUAGCGACGUUGCCAUGGAAACGAACGAUGUCACAGCGUUAUAACUUUACAGAAUGCAGGCACAGUCCGUGAAUUUUAUUUGAAAAGUUACAGCACUGUGCAAUGUUUGUUUCAAUGGCAACUUCGUUAGUGAUGAAAAAGUACAUUUUAAUUUUGGCAUCCUAUAAACUAAACGAACGAACGAAUAUAAGACGUGUUUUUGGUGAAACGUUCACCGACGAGUGUAAAGUAGCGGAAUCGCAUCUCUGACUGCGUCUGUGUCUCCAGUAUGUACAAACAGAGGCUAAGUCUCUCAUAUUAUCACUAUAUCCAAAGUCGAAUCGACUUCCCGGAAUAGAUUGACUAUCACUGACUUAUGUAAACUGGACAAAGGGUAUAUUACUAAUUAUAGAUUUUAAGUUUGUUUAUUGAAGCGCGUUUAUCUUUAAAACUAUCAGUCAAAUUGUUGUAAUCUGACGUAAUCUGGUUACAGGGUAUUAUGAUACUUAUGAGAAUUGUGUUUGUUUAUUAAAGCGCGAUAAUCUCUAAAACUAUUUGAACAUUACUUUUAAAUGUUUUGCAAAUUUAUGUGAAACAAUACAGAUUUAGAUAUUUUAUUCUUAACGUAGUAAACAAAUUACUUCUUUACUACGUCAAGAGUUAGGUUAGGUAAUUUUUAGGGUUCCGAACGUACGUAGUACAAGAAUGGAACCCUUAAUUUUUUAAUUAAUUUUUUAAUUAAUUUUUCAAGUAACAUAGUUCAUAUUAAAUGUGGUUCAAAAAUGAACUUAUGUUUGAAAAGUAUUGGCAAUAUUGUAUUCUGUAGUAUUAGUCUCAAAACAAACUGUGUAUAGGGUACAUACGACGCGCUAUGAUAUGACAAUUUUUUUAUGGAAAUGAUCAUCAAAACGGUCAUUAUAACUAGCUGCAAAUAUAUAUAGGUGUAUUAUUAGAAUUAAGAUUUGUGUCUAGGUGUUUGUUUGUAUUUUUAAUUUUAUUUAUAUAUUUUGUUGAUUAAUUACACUUAUAAUUAAGUAUUUUAUUCUACGAUCUAAAGCACCAGACAUCAUCACUUAGCUGAUGUUUCGAUUCAGAUGUAACAGAAAUAUAAGGUUUUAUUUAGUAA